CAAAAUGGCGCCUCUAGUCCAGUUGGUUUCUUGCGGAUUAUUAGAAAAAGACUGCAAUGGAGAUAAUUUAUGGGCAUGGGCUUACCCGGCAGUCACUGAAUCACAAAAGACUCUCGUCACAAGAAAGUGCAAUUCUCAAUCCGAAAAAAGCAACGGCCACUCUUUCAUAUUUUCAAGGCAUGAAAAUGAAUGGUUUUAUGUUUAUUCCAGUGAUAUAUUUGAUUCAAAUGUAUUGCCUAAGGUAAAACAAGUUGCUACCGUUAUCUUUAGCAAAGAGUUUCAUCCGCAAAAGUAUGAAGUCCUCUCUCGCGUUCUCAGCAAAAUUUAUUGCAAGACAGGAAGUCCCAUUGAACUCUUCAAAAUUUACUUGGCUGUUUAUACGCAAGGUUCCUGCACUUUGGCAGAAAACGGAAGUUUUUUUUCGGAUGAUUUCAAUAGUCACUUUUCCGGAUCAAAUACGAAUGUCAAGGAAUUGAUUAAGACCUUUGAAUUGGAAACAAUUCUCAUUUACACGGCGCUUUUACUGAAAAAGAGAAUCGUCGUUUAUCAUCAUAGCGUCGAACAAUUAUUGAAAUGGAUCCAAAGUUUUCCAGCUUUAAUGACUCAUCAUCAUGUUUCGACUUAUCUUCGUCCCUGGGUUGAUUUAGUACCAGAUGAGCUGAUGGAAUUGAAAAGCUAUCAGUAUUAUGUGAUGGGAUGCAGAGAUAGUACGAUUUCAUCCAGAACCGAAUUGUACGAUUUGCUUGUUAAUCUUCCGGCAAGGGAAAUCACUGUCGCUAAUCAUGCCAAAGAAAGCCUGACAAUGACGAAAACUCACAAAGAAAUAGCACUUUUUUUAGUGCAGCUUUCUGAAAAUCAGUCAUACUCUGAGGCACAAAUAAUAAGUGAAAUUGCAGACAAAACUAGGGAUCUCUUGAGUCAACUCACUACUAUUGCGAAGAUUGAUGCUUCCGAAAAAAGAAAACUGAUAAGUGCUCGAACCAUCAAGGAGAAAAAUUUAGCGCCUGCUGUCGAAAAUUUUCUCGUCAAUUUGGCUAUUGCUGAAAAUUUUGUUAUUGCGCAAUAGGAUUUUUCUAUGUUUAAAAGCGACUG